GUGCUACUCUUGUUGGGACGUGUACGGGAAGUUUAGCUUUUUAGGUACAAGAUGGCUCAACAGGGGGAUGUGGAUGAGUUAUUUGAUGUGAAAAAUUCUUUUUUUAUUGGUAAUUAUCAGCAAUGCAUAAAAGAGGCUCAGAAGUUAAAGCCCUCAAGUCCAGAAAAGGAAGUUGAAAGAGAUGUCUUCUUGUACAGGGCUUACAUUGCUCAGAGAAAGUAUGGUGUUGUUUUGGAUGAAAUUCGACCAAAUGCAUCUGCAGAACUCCAGGCAGUCCGAAUGUUUGCAGAGUACCUCUCGAGUGAAAGUAAAAGAGAUGCUAUUGUUGCUGAGCUGGAUAAGAAAAUGGCAAAAAGCAUGGACGUCACCAAUACAACCUUCUUGUUGAUGGCUGCUUCCAUUUACUUUCAUGAUGACAAUAUUGAUGCUGCUUUGCGAACACUGCAUCAGGGUGAAAGUCUGGAGUGUGCUGCUAUGACUGUGCAAAUACUACUCAAACUUGACAGACUUGAUUUAGCUCGAAAGGAAUUGAAGAAAAUGGUAGAACAAGAUGAAGAUGCAACACUGACACAGUUGGCAACAGCAUGGGUUAACUUGGCUGUUGGAGGUGAGAAGCUGCAGGAGGCAUAUUACAUUUUCCAGGAAAUGUCCGAUAAGUACUCAACCACUCUUCUUCUGCUGAAUGGGCAGGCAGCCUGUUACAUGGCUCAGGGCAAGUGGGAGGAUGCAGAGGGCAUUCUUCAGGAAGCACUUGACAAGGACAGCAGCCACCCUGAGACUCUGAUAAAUUUUGUUGUGCUAACCCAACACCUUGGAAAGGCUCCAGAGGUCACAAAUCGUUAUUUAACACAACUUAAAGAUGCUCAUAAGAAUCACCCAUUUAUCAAAGAAUAUCAAAUAAAGGAAAAUGAAUUUGAUCGUUUGGCUAUGCAGUAUGCUCCAAGUGCCUGAAGCCCAGAGAAUGAAAUUGAAAAGAGGAAUUAACAUACCUCACUUUUGAAAUCUAGUGCAAGACUGUUGGAUUGCUGUUUUUCAAAAGUGUUGUAUCUCACAAUACAGCUGUCUUUGUAAAUCCAACUGAAGAGCAAAUAUUGGGAAAUAGAUGCAGGCUAUAAAAGUCUGUUUUAAAAAUUACCGUGGAAGAGAUUAUUAUGUAAAAAUAUUUAUGUUGCAGUGUGUUUGUUUGACUGUUUUCCUUACCAGUCUGAAUCUUUUCUAAGUUUAUUGCUAAUGUAUAAAAUAAGAUAGUCAUAGCCUGUCUUAAAACAUUCCAAAUAAAAUGCCCUUUUCACUCUG